AUGAAUCUGAGCUGGUCUGAAGCUCUGAGAUACUGCAGAGAGAAUCAUGUGGAUCUGGUUUCAGUUGAUUCAGAGGAGAUUCAGUUCAUGGUGACUAAAGUGAUUCAUCGGUCCUCUACUGACGCUGUGUGGAUGGGGUUACGUCACUCCUGUGCUGUUGGUCUUUGGUUCUGGGUGAAUGGAGAGAUGGUCUGCUAUCAGAAUUGGGCUCCAGGGAAUGAAACCGCAGUGAACGACUGUGACUGUGAAGUGAAAUCUGGAGCAGUUCAGUCUAGAGGAGAUCAUCUCUGGAUCAGCCGUCCUCAAUCUCACAAACUCAACUUCAUCUGCAGCAGAAAAUAA